CUGCUAAUAAUGAUGCAUUUUCAACACAAACUCAAGCAACUGUAGUUCAGUCAAAAUCGAGAUACCGUUUUGAACGGACGAAAAACACGGGGAUCGUCGCGCAAGCGAAACCAUUUACAAAGAUUAUUGAUAACAACAAAGAAUAAGCUUAUAUAGUCUGGAAAAAAUUAGAAUUCAUUACAAAACAGAAUACAAAAAAGCAAAAGAAAAGUAAUCUAGCUACAUGUACGUGCCUGUUUUAAAAGAAAUAUAUUUCAAUCCUAUUUUUGUGUGUGUGCAACAGUCUACGAAUACAACGUGUUUAGUGUAAAAACGAAAUAUAUAAUAAAAUCCAAUCAAGCACAACCAAAAAACGACGAUAUGCCUAUUUAUUGAAUAUCACCAAUUUAUUACAAAUUCAACGUUAACGAGCGUUAAAUAAGAGAAAUUAAAAAUUCAAUUAAGAAGAAGGAGCAGUAAAAGCUGCAAGUGGAUUUGUGCAAAAGUGUAGAAGUGUUGUUAUAAAGCAGUGAGUGUUAAUCGCAAAGAUCGACCGAUCGGCGUGAAUAUUUGCAUUUCGAAAUUUCAAGUGCGAAAUUGUGUCAAAUUUGGAAAUAGCAAGCGAUUUGCGGCUUUGUGUGCUUAAGCUAGAGCAAAACAAAGUUGAAAAUAUUGUGACCUUAAAACGAAAAAUCGGUAAGCAGCACGAAGUCCAGAAAUAAUAACAGUUGUUGCGUUUUUUUCGCAAGCAAAUUUGUUUUUGAAGCAUACAACUUAUUAAAGCAAACGCUGGCAGCUGUUAAAGUCCGCACAAACAACAACAACAUUUAUUAGCUUUAAUUGGCAGCUGAUUAAACCUACAGAUCAGGCAACUUUCAAGAAACAACUUUAACGAGACCAACAACAACAUAUAAGCGGUUACAACGAGUUAAGCGACGCUGCCGCAAUAUAUGAGAUAUUUAAAUGAGCUGCAAAAACAACGGCGCGCAGUUAUAGCGACACCGCAGCUAAUCCACACAUGCCAUGAUUACCAGAAUACAAGCAGCACAAGCAGCAGCAAGCAGAGUAAUAACAACAACACCUACAUGUAACGGAUCUAAGUCAAGAGCAAUGCAAUAUCACACGAAAACAGCAAAUUCAACGACCAUAACAACAACGACAACUAAAGCUGGUCAGAUGCAAAAACACAUGACAGCAAACACGCUGGACGCUACGAUGAUGAUGGCAGCGACGGCGACGACGAGAGCAAGACGCGCUGCAACAACAUUGCGUCAUUGUAGCAUGGCCGCUUUGCAGGUGUUGAUGCUGGUGUGCGCCUUGCCACCGCCCUUGCAACCGUUGCGCUUGUCGACGCAGCGGUGGGCAGGCGCCGUCGAGGCGUUGCCGAUUACCUCGAAGCCCAUCGAGGGCACCGCUGAAAAUCUGGCUUGGCAGGAGUGGCUCAUGUUGCCAGCCGAACAGAAGCAGUUGGAGAAAUCGCGUAAAGUCACACCGAAAUCGAUAUUUUCGCUGCCGUUUCGCGAUUGUCCGCCCGGCCAUCAGCUCUUCCAGUCACGCUGCAUACCAACCGUAAACAUCAAUCAGAGCGACUUGCUCACACAGCAGGUGUUAGGCUUGUUCGGCGGCAGCAAUGCGGGCGCCGACACAGCAUACGAAAUCGAUUACGGUGACGAGGAGUACGAUUUGGGUUUGGGUGAAGGCGAACCGGUGAUGAUGUACGAAGCGCCGCCACAGCCCUUCAACGGUGGCCUUACUGUGGGCGCUAGCAACGCACAGCAACCGCCGGCGCGUGAUGAGCCAUUGAAAUUCAAUCUGUUUCAGCAAAAAUUUCCAACCAACGAUUAUGAAGCGGAUAUGAGCAGUGGCGCAAUGGAGGGUAGCGGCGCUGCGCGACCAUUGACUGAAUUGCUAGCCACGAAUGGUGCGAAAGGUGAGCGCGCUGACGUGGUCGGCAAUGACAAUGAUGCUGGCGCAACACUUUUCAACUCAACACAGUUUUUGGAUGCGGUGCAAGGAUUUUUUCAACGCAAUGUUGCAACAGCGCAGAGCGAAAGCAAUGCAACAAUAGCCGCGAAGACCGACAGUAAUGCCAACAUCACGGACCACAAUACGCGCGCUGUGAAUGGCAGUCAAGUGAUGGCUGAUUUGUCUGCGGCGGACGACGGCAAUGUGCCGGCAUUCGCAGACGGCGAUAUCGAUGCGAUUAUAUUGCCGGCCGUGGGCGCAGGCACCACAGCGAAAACGGUUGGUGGUUAUGCUGGUGGCGACCUUGAACCGCAGCGCAUAUCACUGUUCAAGGAUGACAGCAGUGUACACCUGGUUACAACGGUAAUUGCGCAGCCAGCCAGUGUUGACCGCGCAGGCGGCGCGGAAGAGGACGCGGUGGCAGGCGAUUUGGUGGCAGCGGCACAACAACAAGAGAAUAGCAUAGCGCAAUUUUUACGCGCCGAUGCGCUCUUGCCCUUGAGCAGUGUAGCGCCUUACAUUACAACAACAACCACAACAACAACGACAACCACGGCACGUACUCUAUAUACACAUGAUGCCGGUCAUGCAACAAAAACGUCGUCAAUGAGCGCCAAAGAUGAGCACCCACGCAGCGUGACGGCGCAAAAGGCGUCGACGGCAGCAAACGAUACCGACGCGCAGGAAACGAGUUUCAUAACCACAACCGAGCCUGAGGGCACUACGAACUUUCAAAUCGACGAAACUACCGUGAUAGAGGCGCAAGGUGCUGACGCCGUGGCCGCGGAGAGCAACCUCUCGCUUUUGCAGACCAUUGCGCAGCAACAACAAUUGGAGCUUGAAAAAUCGAAAGCCACGGCUGUUGAAGAUGUGCCGUCAACCACGCUGGUGACGGACACAGUCGACGAUGAUGAGACAACAGUUGCAAGCGACAAGACAACAACGGAAACUGAGACAAUAAUUAACGAAACAACAACAGAACAAAAUGCGUCCGAAGAGAGCGUAGUCACAGCAUAUACGACCGUACAACCGUUACCUAGUGUAGACGCAGUGUCAGCCGCAACAACGACGCCGCAAGCAAUCUCAGCUAGUACAUACCGGUUUCGCCACACCCCUACCGUCGUCAACGCAGCCGUCACUCCCAUCCAGUUACCUGCGCGUAGCAGCGCCGCAAAUAAACAAAUCCCCAGUCUUGUCACCACAGUCGUACCGCAGACCGCGAAGAUACUUGCAGCGGGUGAAGAGGCGACAACGCGUGUCAGCGCCGACAGCGCGCUCGUGAAUGAUGUGCCGAGGAGUGGCAACAACACCGACAACGACGACUUAGUGAAUGUUGUCGCCGCCAGCAUCAACAGCGACACCGAUAAUGACAGCAAUAAGUAUAAAAAUGCCGCGGCGCACAAUCACAAUCGGGAUGCGGAGGCCGCGUCAGUGACGCGCGACGUAAAUAUCGCGCAAGAAUUGCGAAUGAUUAAUGAAUUGGUGAAGGGCAAUCGACAAGCGAGCGCGACAAAAAUGGCAGCUACAAAGCCAACAACAAUUGCAGCGACAACAACAACGGCAACAACCACACAAAGUACAACCAUUUUAACGCCGCCAACCGCAAACGCGCCUGAUGAAGAGGUGCAGAAAGCCGCAAGCGCGGCAGAUAACGAACAGCAGGCCAGCGCGGGCGGUGCGGAAGCAGCUGAGCUGGGAGAAGAGGUUGACGCGCCGACUACAACAGCAACAGGAGAAACAGCUACACAAGUGGCUGAUGCGUCCGCAAUGAACGAGUCUUCGUUGCCUGCGGAGAGCAGUAGCGAAAUCGUUGAAACAACAACAAUAACAACAGCAACCGCACAAUCACUCUCGUUGACUAAAAUGGAAAGUGCAAAUCAAAGCGCCGAGUCUGCCACAACAGAAAAAGCGCAACUUAGCGAGUCGUCAAGCAAGAAGCGCACCGGAUUUGAGGCACAUAUGAGCGCAGAACCCGACUAUGAGGCCGAGGCCACGGCGACAGACACAGAAUUUAUGGCCGCUACAACGCUUUGGUCGCGGAUUAUGCCCAUCUUUGGAUUUGGUGCCAGCGCCGUCGUUGCAGACGCAAAUGCACCGGCAAUAACCACGCCAACAACAACAACAACAGAGGUCGCGGAGCACACACCAAUUGGUAGUAUUAGUAGUAACAGUAGCAGUAUCAGUAGUAGUAGUAAAAGUAAAAAUAGUUUAAGUGAAAAAAGUAGCAGUAUGGAGAAAAACAACAAUAACAACAAUAUAAUUAAUAACCAAAAGAGCGAUUUCGUUGCGCCCAGUCGUCGGAAUAGCAAAAUUAUCCGAAUCGAUCACUUUAGUGAUAAUAGCGUAGCGGCAGCAACAGCAGCAACCACAACAAACACAGUAGAAGAUACGGAUACAGCAGCUACAGUAACAAAAACAACAGAUGACUUUGUCAUUGUGCCGGAAGAGCACGAACCCAUGGAGCAGUCGGCCUACUGGUGGUUGCCUGCCAAUUGGCGUCUCAAUCGCGGCACGACGACCGAAGAGCAACCGCUGCUCUUUCGCUUGUGGUCCGCAUUUCCCGAAAGCCAAAUGAAAACCAAAGUUAGCACAUAAUAAUCCCAGUUUGUUGCUUCCCACAGCAAUGUCCACUCGGUAAGGCAUGUCUCGCAUGCACGUACGAAGCGAAGGGAGAUUGUGUGUAAGGAAAUUGACGCAAAGUAUUGGGUUUAGUCAAAUUUUUUAAAUGCUUCGGAGCUUUAAAAGCUGCCGAAAAUUGGAGUCGUGAGAAAUCGGGCCAAGCUGACAUUAGAUGGGGCGGGGUUAGUUUUUCCCAAGAGCACUCGUACAAAUUACAUACACAAACCGCUAGAUAAACAACAACAAUAACAAAGAGAUAAUUAACAUAACGCUUAGUGAAAUAGAGACCAAUGCAAUGAACGUGAAGAAAUAGAAAAUUUUUUAUUAGUUAAAUACAGUUAAACUUGUAGUAGACAAAUUUUACGAGCGCGCGCGGAGAGGGAAUAUUGGAAAAUGCGUAUACGGGGAAGUAGGCAGCGCCGAAGAAUGUGCACAGAAGUUUAGAGAUUCAUUGUGGCGCAGAAGUUGUUAGAAAAUAUGAAAGCUCAUACAAAAGCUUAGGAGCGCGCAGAAUAAGUGUAUGAAAGCUUUGUAGGCGUGGUGGUAGAAACAUUUUUCUUUACUUCAGUUCAAAGCACAUUUGCUAACCACGCUUCUCUGUUCUCUGGCACUCUAGCGCAAGCAAAAGUUCAAAAAGCGAUUUGUGUUGCUCCAGCAAAAAGUGUAAGCUUGAGGUUUGAGUGUUUUAUAUAUUAGAUGGUGCGCAACACUUUAAAUAAAUGUUGAAAGCUCACGCUUCUUCAAAAUUCUUAUAAAAUCCAUAAAUUUUACGAACACUUAAAAGUUUAAAUUACUUGAACUGCAGCUGGAGUAAUAAUAA